CUGUGAACAGCCGCCGCCGCUAGGGCUCUGAUUAGCUGCCGCCAAAAGCUUAGUUCGUUAUUGGUUUUUCAAUCUCAGAUCAGUUUUUUUAGCUGUGUAUGGAAUCAAUGGCAGAUGAAAAGAUAAAGAUUGAAAAGUUUGAUGGAAGUGAUUUUGGGUUUUGGAAGAUGCAAAUCAAGGAUGUUCUUUAUCAGAAAGAGUUAUACCAAACGUUAUUGGGAGAAAAGCCAGAAAAGAUGAGUGAUGCAGAUUGGGUGAUUUUGGACAUGAAAGCUUUGGGAGUGGUCAGGUUGUCAUUGGCGAAGAGUGUUGCUUUCAACAUAGUCAAUGAAACAGCUACGCGCGGGUUAAUGAAAGCUUUUUCGAAUAUGUACGAGAAACCCUCAGCAGUGAACAAUAUGUUUUUGAUCAGCCAGUUGGUUAACACCAGAAUGAGGGAGGGUGCUUCAGUUACCAUUCACAUUAACCAGUUUAAUUUGGUCAUAACUCGGUUAGUAUCAGUUGGAAUUAAAUUUGAUGAUGAACUUCAGGCGUUGCUGCUUUUAUCUUCUUUGCCUGACAAAAUCAAGCUUGUGGAUGUUCCUGAGAUGAAUUACACAUCUAAGGACAAGCCCUAUCCACGGGGAGAGAUCUGUGUCAGGGGUCCCAUUGUUUUCCAAGGCUAUUACAAAGAUGAAGGGCAAACGAGAGAGGUACUUGAUGAAGAGAGUUGGCUGCACACGGGAGAUAUUGGAUUGUGGUUACCUGGGGGUCGUUUGAAGAUUAUUGACAGGAAAAAGAACAUAUUUAAGCUGGCACAGGGUGAAUAUAUUGCUCCAGAGAAAAUUGAAAAUGCUUAUGCCAAGUGCAAAUUUGUUGCACAAUGCUUUGUAUAUGGUGAUAGCUUGAAUUCCUCUCUAGUUUCUGUGGUUUGUGUAGAUCCAGAUGUGUUGAAGGAGUGGGCUACAUCCGAGGGUAUUAAGUAUGAAACUUUGCAACAACUAUGCAAUGAUCCAAGAGCCAGGGCUGCCGUUCUAGCAGACAUGGAUGCUGUAGGAAGGGAGGCUCAGUUGAGAGGGUUUGAAUUUGCGAAAGCUGUCACCUUAGUAGCUGAGCCAUUUACAAUUGAGAAUGGUCUCCUUACACCCACAUUCAAGGUUAAGAGGCCACAGGCAAAAGCAUACUUUGCCGACGCAAUAUCUCAAAUGUAUGAUGAGCUUUCCAGAUCGGAUCCUGCACAGAAAAUAGUUCUCUAGCCAAAAAAAACAGAGCAAAGCAAAUGAAUGCUUCAGGUGCCCUGCUUAUUUCUCCUCUUAUUCUCAAAUAAAGAAAGUGCCCUUGAAGCUAAUGUUGUAUUUUCAAGCAUACCACACUUCUGUUUUCGUAUAGAUAUUACAGAGUAUAGCCGAAAGGAUUCUUUUAAAUACACGACGAAAGAGCACUUACAGGAUGAAAAGCUAAAAAUAAUAAGGUAUUUAACUGUUUGUUUCAUGGCUUUCAAAUGAAAAAUAAUAAAAUCAUGUUUCUCUUGAUGAUGCAAAGACAUUAUUUUGACUGCUAUUCAAGUUAGAGACAGUAUGAUACAAUUCCAUGUGAGUCAAUAAUACGGCCCAUUUUUA